AUGCAAAUAAGAUCUUGUUGCAAUUGGCACCAAAAACCUAUUCUUUGUUUGAGGAUAAAGAGCUGUGCUGGUUAUAAUUUGCUACUGCAAGCUGGGGCUCUUUUGGGUAGAGCUAAUGAUGCAUCUAAUGAGUUGGCUGUCCUCUUUGAUGGAAGACAUUCAAAAGCCAUCAUGAUUGACUAUUCUCCUGCUACUUUGGAGAUUGGAGUUUGGGUUUCCAUCUGUAAUGAACUGGACUAUUGUGGAGAAGAACCAUCAAUGUCGCCUAGAACGCCACAUCAACAUCAGAAUUCCCAACCUAUUCCAUUCACAAAUUCCACCUUUCUGGUUUCUUCGGGCUCGUCUGGUGUAACAGCUACUGCUCAGGGCACUCGCACUGAACACUGUGAUCAACAACCCAAGAAUACAGUUUUCUCAAAUGCUUUGUCAAGCCCCAUUCGCAGGAGUCUCCAGAACUAUCACAUUGCUCAGGGAGGCUACUGUCCACCUGGUGGUUCACCAUCAGGAAAUGGAACCCGCAACAAUGAGCCCAACUUUCUUCAGCACCAUAAUAGGGAUCCUAAUCCUCCCAGUUCCAAUGAUUCCUCCAUGGAUAUCUAA